CAGGUCCAGCAGCCAGCCUCCUGAGCUAGCAGCCAGCACAAUGCGACUUUACAUUCAUUUAGCGAGUCGCUCCAUUAAGUUAGCGAUGUUUAAAACCUCUCGCCGCUGAGGUCAUUUCUUUAGUCGUCUCAACGCCGCAAACAGUCUGCAAUCGCGUGUUAGUCGGUUAAGGUUGUGCGCUGCCGAAACCGAGAGAACACUGUUUGUCGAGUGAUAAGAAUCAGCUGUGUUGUGUGCAACGCAAGUUCUAUUUUUUGUCGAGUUAACGUCGUCGUACGAUUUAAGAAUACAACUCUUUUGCAUUAUCAUUAACGCUUAUUUUCAUAUCUUGAUAAUUUUUUUUUUCAUCAUAAUUCUCGCGUUCUCAUCGUACGUAAGUUGUGUUUUGGUUUGGUUUUUAUUUUGGGAGAGAUCGAUUCGCCUAAAAUUUCUCGAUAGUAACGUACAUUGUCGCUAUUUUUUCGUAGUAUGGAACGCGAAAGUGAACGCGGUAUUUCGGAAAAUAUCAUUAUUACUAUUCCAUCAGUCGGCGAUAACGUCAAUUCGUACCGGUUACAGAGCAAUUACGAAAGUAAUUUGGAUAGCAACAGUAACACUGCUCUUAUGCCAUGGAUUAUACCACGACCAACGUUAGUAAAACCAGAAAGCAUGAAUGAAAUUACGGUAGAAAAUCUCUUGAAACAUGGAACGAUAUAUCCGUCAAAUUUAAUUAUAGCACUACCAUCACCAACGAAUGAAAAAACAAAUUCAUCUUCAUCGUCGACUACAUCCAGCAAAUCUAGCUCAAAAAGUGCCAAUUCAAACACACUGCUGCUGACGGCAGCCAAUUUAGCAGCAUUCAAAUUCGAUAACGUUACUCCACAUCACGAAUAUGUUACUUCGAAUGGAAAAAAUUACGAUACCGAGUCUCUAGCAUCAUCGACACAUUUUACAUUAGUCAAUGGAAUGGAAAGAAAAAUUCCGAAGCAUAUGAAACCGGUGGAGUGUUGCUGUGAAAGACAUCAACUAUCCAUAUUGAUUACAACCACGACGUUGGUUUUCAGCUUUACAAUUUUUCUAUGCAUUUAUUUCGUGCAAGCUAAAGCGCAAGAUGAUCACGUCAGAUGGUCAUAGUUGAUAGAUAUGAGUUCACUGAACAGCGCAAAUCUCAAAGAAACAUAAUGACUGUGAUAUAAAUUUAAGGAUUACUUUUAAAUACAUAUUUAUUUUUAUACUGUACGUACUAUUUUAAAAUUUUACUGUGUAAUAUUACCAAUAAAUCGAUAAUUUCUCUUUUA